AUGAAUCAAAAGCCUACCACAGCAGAAUAUGAUGUUCAUGUGGGAAAGCUAGGAGAUCCAGAUUUAGAAGACAUUACUGCAUAUCAGAAGAUGAUUAGGAAGCUCUUGUACUUGACAAUCACACGAUCGGACAUUAGUUUUGCUGUACAGACAUUGAGCCAGUUCAUGCAGAGUUCAAAACAAUCUCAUAUGGAUGUAGCCUUAAGAGUGGUUAAGUAUAUCAAAGGAGCACCAGCCUGCCCUAAUACUGGGAGGUCUGUGACAGGAUAUGUUGUCAAAUUAGGGAGCUCUCUAAUCUUAUGGAAAUCUAAGAAGCAACAAACAAUUAGCAGGAGCUCAGUAGAAGCAGAAUAUAGAAGUAUGGCAGUUGUAACAGCAGAAGUCACUUGGUUAUCAGGCCUUCUUGAAGAACCGAGAAUACCAAUUUCCAAACCUAUCCAAUUAUUCUGUGACAACAAGGCAGCUAUUCAAAUUGCUUAG